AUGCUACGGAAGUUGGCCUUGUUAGCAGUUUGGAUGGUGAUGGUUCCAUCACAAAUCCUACGUCCGCGAGGACCACGUUAUGAAUCCAUCGACGAUCUUCCAGCGUUCUACAGAAUGCUCACAGCCGAAAUCGGUAAAAUGGUACCACCUGAGUAUCAGCCUCAACACCAGUACUACGCACAACUCUUUCAGCCGUACUAUCCCUACAGCAAAGCUCAGGUUGACGCUAUGUUACUCGGCAACUUAGUGACGCAAACGCAAUCAUCUCCUCUCAAUUACGAGCUCCUGCCACCUGGUUACAGUGGGUAG